GGGAGGAUGAGCGGCUGCGGGCUCGGCCACUAGCCCGGCGCCGGGGUGCAUGGCACAGCCAUGGAGGUGGUGGACGAGACGGAGGCUCUGCAGCGCUUCUUCGAAGGUCACGAUAUUAAUGGAGCUCUUGAACCAUCAAACAUCGACACCAGUAUCCUGGAAGAAUACAUUGGCAAGGAGGAUUCACCAGAUAUCUCUGACUUGGACUCCCUUCCUGAAAUCCCUUCCUCAGCUGGCUACCCUCAUGCCCAGGCUUCCAACUCUGCCACUGCAUCUGUCUCCGGUGCUGGCCAUGUGACCAACGUUGUGUCCAGUGGUGCCCUCCAUCAUGGCCCCCCAAGUACCCAACUCCCGAUCCGGCAUGGUCUCCAUCACAGCACCCCGAGCAGCCAAGUUCCAAUCCGACAUGGUCCCCCUUUGUCCAGCCCUUGUGGACCCAGCUACAGUGCUCACUUCAACUACAAUAACAACAAUGGCAUGGUGGUGUCCAAGGAAUACCUUGGAGGCCACUGCCUGACUAGUAUUGGCCCUCCAAUCAAAUCAGAGCUCAAAGCAUCCUAUACACCCGGCACUUUACCUGACUCUCCCCCGGACUCUGGAUCAGAAGCAUACUCCCCCCAGCAGGUGAAUGAUCCCCACCUCCUUCGAACCAUGACUCCUGAGAAUAUGUGCCAUGUGACUCCUUCCUCUCGACUGGAGCAUCCUCCUCCUCCACCCCCACCACCUCCUCCAUCCCACCUCCAGGGGCUGCCACCUCACACACACCAGCAACAGCAUAGUCACCAUUAUCCCAGCAUGCAGCGGGACAUGUACAUGAAGGCUGAGCCACUGAUGCCACAGUUUACUAUUGGACAGGGCAUGUCACCAGGAGAUCUCCACCAUGCCCAGCAGUCACAGAUGCUUCACCAGCUUCUGCAGCAGCAUGCGACAGACCUUCCAGUACACCCUGCCAAGAAGAGGAAACAUUCAGAGUCUCCCCCAAGUACCCUUAAUGCCCAGAUGCUCAAUGGGCUGAUAAAGCAAGAGCCAGGUACAGGGUCUGUGCCACUCAACCCUGACAGAGGCCAAACACCUCCAUGGCAUCAGCAGGGAGCACUCUCACCAGGCCUGAUUCAGGACAAUGACAGUUUGAAUGGCUCGUACCUAGAUCCCAACUACCAGUCUAUAAAAUGGCAGCCACAUCAGCAGAACAAGUGGGCGACUCUAUAUGAUGCUAACUACAAGGAACUGCCAAUGCCCACCUACCGGGUGGAUGCAGAUAAAGGGUUUAACUUCUCGGUGGGUGAUGAUGCUUUCGUGUGCCAAAAGAAGAAUCACUUCCAGGUCACAGUCUACAUCGGCAUGAUUGGUGAUGCCAAGUAUGUCAAAACUCCAGAGGGCUUGAAACCCCUUGAGUGCUUCUACCUGAAACUACAUGGUGUGAAGCUGGAGGCCUUGAACCAGUCCAUCAACAUAGAACAGUCACAAUCUGACCGCAGCAAGCGGCCCUUUAAUCCUGUCAUGGUCAAUUUGCCUCCAGAGCAGGUUACAAAGGUCACCGUAGGGCGACUGCAUUUCAGUGAGACCACAGCCAAUAACAUGCGGAAGAAGGGAAAACCCAAUCCUGAUCAGAGAUACUUUAUGUUGGUGGUCGCCUUGCAAGCUCAUGCCCAAAACCAGAACUACACUCUGGCUGCUCACAUCUCUGAGCGCAUCAUUGUUCGACAACGGGCCGGUUCGGGGUUAAAACACAAACAGAGGGCAGACGGGGACCCCGGAGUCUGCAGACAAGCCUCUAAUCCAGGUCAGUUUGAGAGUGACAGCGAUGUACUCUGGCAGCGUGCUCAGCUUCCUGACACUGUGUUUCAUCAUGGCCGAGUGGGUAUCAAUACAGAUCGCCCAGAUGAAGCGUUGGUUGUUCAUGGUAAUGUGAAAGUCAUGGGAUCCCUUAUGCAUCCGUCAGACAUCCGAAUAAAAGAUGACAUCCAGGAGGUAGACACCACAGAACAGCUGAAGAGGAUCUCCCGCAUGCGACUGGUGCACUACAAUUACAAGCCAGAAUUUGCUGCCACUGCAGGCCUUGAGAACACAUCUGAGACAGGUGUCAUUGCUCAGGAAGUGCAGGAAAUUCUCCCAGAAGCAGUGAAAGAUACAGGGGACAUAGUCUUUGCCAGUGGGAAGACUGUUGAGAAUUUCCUAGUAGUAAAUAAGGAGCGCAUUUUCAUGGAAAAUGUAGGAGCUGUGAAGGAGCUUUGUAAACUGACUGACAACCUGGAGACUCGGAUUGAUGAGCUAGAGAGGUGGAGUCAUAAACUUGCCAAGCUUAAGCGACUAGACAGCAUGAAAUCAACUGUGAGCUCUGGAACAUUCAGCCAAGCAGGGAGUCAGUUCAGCCGUGCAGGAAGCAUGCCUUACAAAAAGAGGCCCCCCAAAAUGGCCAGCAAGUCCCCUUCUGUUGCCACAGACCAGGCUUGUAUCAGCCAGCGUUUCCUGCAGGGCACCAUCAUUGCCCUAGUGGUCAUCAUGGCAUUCAGUGUUGUGUCCAUGUCUACUCUCUAUGUGCUAAGCUAUCGCAAUGAGGAGGACCUUGUGGAUAUUGAAGGAUCCAAUCAGAAUAUUGAUAAGAAUCAGCUGCUGUAUUCUACUGCUGCCUCAUCAGAUGCACCUGGUGGUGAUCCCCCUCCACAGCGUGCCACAACGCAUGUGCCAGAUUCUCUCUAUGGCUUGCCUGUCCAUAGCAUAGUAGUGUGUUUCACUCCUCCUUGCUUCUCCAUGUGCUGUUCUGUUCCCAACAAUGUGUCUUCUGCUGCAGCUUCAGAGACUACCACCACUGUCAUCACCAAUCGGACAGAUCAGAGCCUUGUGUCACUCCUGCCAGUGACCAACAUCAAAGCCAAAUCUAGGGGAGUCACGGGCAAGGCAGCUUCCCAUACAAAGUGGCCAAAGAUGUCUGAGAGGUCGCGGGGCCUUGGUGGCCCCAAUGCCAGCCCAUCUUCCCCCUUCACCCACAUUCAGAGCAAGUCCAAAUACAUCUCCAACCUCCCUCUAACACACAACAGCUUCCCACCAGGGCAGGUACGGCAGCAGCGUAGCGUCAGCCAACAAGGCCCUGAGGAGCCCAGAACAGGAAGCGCCAGCCAGGAUGGAGCAGCUUUUGCAUUGCAGUCUGUUUCACUGCUGGAGACUAAUGUAGCCAUCACGCCCCAGAACUGUGUAUCUGGUGAUGAAUGCAGGAUGGGAAACAUUACCUACCGCAUCCCCAUCAGCAAGUUUACUGCUGUGAACACAAACCUUACCUUGGAGAUUAAUGUGUCCUCUACUGUGUCUGGCUAUCUUUGCAGUCUCAUCUCCAGCAGUCCAUGUCAUCACACCACAGAGAACAUGGGCAGCUUCACUGAUACAACAGACACCCAGGGAAAAACAUACCGUUGGUCUGUGAUGAUGAUGCCAUUCCAGGAAUUUACCUACCAUUUCCGAUUAGCCAGACCUGGCCAAGCUAACUGUAGUACUGCUCUGGAGCAGAGGGGCUCUCUCUUCACUGACUAUUACUUCCAGUUCUACUGGCUCUGUGAGUGAGUCUUCAUUGCACCACUUCCCUUUCCAUAGGAGCUGAAAGACCCUUUGGACUCAGUGUUCUCUUCUAAUGAACCUCAAAGCCCUAUGCUGGAGCCUCUGAACUCUACAGGCCCUUCCCCUUUGGGCUCUGAGUUGAUUUGGUUCUUUCUAGGGAUGGCAUAAACACUGGAAUGCCAUGCAAGCUUUGGGGAACACAGAAUUUUGCCACUAGCAAAACUUGGAAACAUUGAGGCAUAUUUUUUUUUCUGGACAUGGCAGCUGUAUGUAUUACAAAAGCCCUUAAUGAGAUGUUGGCAUUCCUUCUUUUUUUCUCCUUAUUACACUGGAUUUGACUGUGCUACACUGGAUUGUGCCUGAAUCUCUUUGCUUACUUCAGAACUCCAAAAUGCAGCUUACCUAGAUCUCAAUUCCCAGAGAGCCAGUGAAGCAGAUACAGAUAUUUCUCAUUGAUGCUGGAAGCCUGGUUCUCAAGCCAAAAACACUGGAAUUCUUACUAUAGAGAAUCUUAUGCAAGUCAUACACUGGAGUUUCUGGCUGGUGGCUAGCUGCUUCUCUCUAAAUUUAUACUCUGAAGAGUUUUUAAUGAUUCUGGAACAUGUUACUGCCCAUGAAUUUCAAACAGCAGCAACAACUGGGAAGCAACAGGAUUUCCCCCUCUGGCUUUUUGCUUUGCCAUAUAUAUUACAUGCCAGAGAGAACAGACCUGAAGAACCUCACCAAAAGCAAUUCUGCAAAUCUCAAGCAGGUAGCUUGCUUCUACUGUGCCUUCUUUUUCAGGGUUAGAGGAAGAUGCUUCUAAGGAAGCUAGUUCAAGUCUACUGGAGGAAGUCAGCCUCUGGGUUUUGCCACUGAACUCCAUCCUUCUGAUGUCAUAAAAAUAACACUGGAUGAUCAUUCCAUGCAUUGGAAGCAACAAAUAUGCAUUCAUCCCAAAGGUCUGACAAAGAGCACAUGGCAAAGCCUGAGCUUGGCAUAUAACUCUUUGUGCCAGAGGCUAAAGAGGAGGGCUCCUGGAAGAGUUUUACUCUAUGCUAAAAAGAAAAGACUGAAAAUCUUUUUGAUCCCCAAGGGGUCUCUGCCAGGCAGCAAACAAAAUGCUGUUUUCACUCCACGCCUUGGGGUGCCUUGGAAUUCUGAGUGUAUUUUGAGUAACUUACUGUUACAAGGUCUUAACUUGCUAAACCACUGAUAUAUAUUUUUCAAAAAAAAAAAUCAGCUCUGUUAAUUAUUGGCGUACUUCUGUCUUAUAGGAAACCAAAGUGGGCUGGUGCUGAGCACUAGUCUGCACCUGGGCUCUGUGUCAGGUGCUAGAAGUAGCUAAGACACGGCAGAUGUACAAGCACAACUACCCUGUGUAUCGGACUUCUGCCCUCUGUGCAAAGGGAGAAGAGAGAGGCCUUUGAAAACAGGCUCUGGCUCUUCAUAAAAUGGGUUAUUUAGACUUUUGGUUGAGAUCAGCUGUAGGGGGAAGGAAGAUGAGGGGAUGGAGAUGGAGAAUGUAGGAAGCAAGUCAGCAAGCUGCUACUACUGCUCUGAUCCUAAAUCAAAUUAUAAAGCAGAAUCUGUAGACAUAAAUAUCCCUGCCUUCGAUUAUAGUCUAAACCCAUCUUUAAACCAGAUUAUAGUAGUGCAAGAGGUAAAUGUGUUAACAUAGGGAUUGGGGGGGGAUUUAUUUUGUUUUAAAAAAUACAGUGGUGUUUGAAGCAUGGUGCCUGGAUGGAGAUGUCAUUUUAUUAAUAUUAAUUAAAUUCCCGAAGCCAUUACCAGUUCAAGCUAGUGCUGCUUUUAGGCUACAUCUAUAUUACAAAAUU